AUGGUUCGGAAUGAAUGGUUAGAGUUUGUCUCGCACCACGGAAUCGAUCGGAACCAAGUACUCGCGAUGUCAAAACUGUGUUCGAGACAUUUCGAUGAUGACGACUUCAGGGUUACAACCGUUCGACGUAUUCUCCGCCGUCACGCGGUACCGAGGAAUGCCGUGUUACCAGAUGCGCCAGUAGCAGUGGUCGAAGACGUCGUUGGUGAUACCGUCGAGGUGGAAGAGGUAACGGUGAACGACGUUGACUUGGUCGACGAACAGAUCAUCGAAGAAGACUUGAUGGCCAACAUCGUUGUCAUUGAAGAACUGAUUGCCGCACGAGUUACCGCGCCGGCACCCGCCCGCUUAUUCAUCGGACCGAUGGAUCGCGUUUGUCCUCACUGCUGCGCGAGACAUUUUAUAGGUGAGCAUUAUAUUUGUUGUGGAGAUGGUAAAGUUUUGUUGACAGGUGACAGAGCGUUGCGAGAGGUUCCACUUGCACUGCGGAGGCUGCUCAGCGAAGACGGCCCGGAGAAUAGGUAUUUUCAGAACGAGGUCCGUCAGUACAACAAUGCCAUAGCGUUCGCGUCUCUGGUCACACAAGAUUUCCAGGCACCCCCAGGACGAGGACCCAGAACGUUCGUCAUGCACGGCCAAACGUAUCAUCUGAUCAGUGACGCGGCCGCCGGACCGGACGCCAUUCCACGGUUCUGUCAACUGUACUUCGUGGACACGCGGUUGGCGACCCAGAGCCGCAUUCGAAACCCCGUCAACUCCGCGUGCAGGCCGGAUCUUUUGGAGAGACUGGACAUCCUGCUGAGAGAGAUCAACCCGUACGCCCAAAUGUUCAUGUAUAUGACGGAAAUAUGGAACAGAGAACAGUUUGCGGCUGCGGUGGAAAAUCCGGCGAGACCGCCUCGGACUGUAAGUAUGUAUUUUGUACGCGAUUCCAGGGACCCGGGACGACGCAACGAGCCGGCCGUGCGUGAGAUUGCUGCAGUAUUCAUUGGAAAUGACGGCGAUCCUCCGGAAAACGUGGACUUUGUUGUGUACGAUCGGAAUCCGAACCCCAACGUCAACUACCGGCGUAUACCUUCCACCAGCCGUCAUACCGACCCAUUGCUCUAUCCGCUAUUAUUCCCGCAUGGCGAACGCGGAUGGGCCACGUUCAUGCCGCACGAAGGACCACGCCGCACCCGCGUCAAUCAAAACGUUUCACCGAAGGAUCGAUUUUUGUUUCAGCAAUAUGUGAGUGACCAUUAUGUCAGAGUCGAGGCGAGCAGGUUGAGCUAUUUGCGAAACAACCAGGACCAGUUGCGCUCCGAAUCCUACCAGGGUCUGAUGGACCAUCUCGCCGUACAGGACGUUCCGCAGGAUCAGCAACACGCCGUUGGCCGUCGCGUCAUACUGCCCUCUUCCUUCGCAGGCAGUCCGCGUAGCAUGCAACUCAAUUAUCAAGACGCCAUGGCUAUUGUGCGAAAAUUUGGUAAACCCGAUUUAUUUAUUACUUUUACGUGCAACCCUAGGUGGCCUGAAAUCGUGGAAAAUCUACCUCCGAGAGUGGUAUCGUCUGACAGACCGGAAUUGGUGUCCAGAGUGUUCAACCUCAAACUGCAGGAUCUUAUGCGCGAUAUAACCGAACAUCACAUAUUCGGCAGGGUCGAAGCUUUUGUAUACGUGGUCGAAUUCCAAAAGCGGGGUUUGCCGCACGCUCACAUUUUGUUAAUUUUGCAGGAAAUGUACAAACCGAAGGUCGCCGAGGAUGUAGACCAACUGAUUCGAACCGAGAUACCCGACCCAGACACCGAGAGAGAACUCUACGACAUUGUGGUAACCAACAUGAUGCAUGGACCUUACGGAGUUUUAAACCCAGUGUGCUCCUGCAUGGUAGACGGGAAAUGUCAGAAAGAUUUUCCCAAACCUUUCAACAGCAAAACGCAGUUCAGGAGCGCUGGAGGUUAUCCUGCCUACAGACGUAGAGACAACGGCCGUGCAGCUUUAGUGAGGAACAGAGAGCUCUUCAACGAUUCCGUUGUGCCGUACAACCCUUAUUUGUUACUGAAAUACAAUGCGCAUAUCAAUGUGGAAGUGUGUUCGACAGUUAAAAGCGUCAUUUACCUGUAG